AUGAUCAUGCAUGUCGACGAUGGUCUUACGCUUGCUCCCUUGACAUGGCUCAAGCAGAAGUACAUCCCUACAUUGCAAUCGCGUUUCGAGAUCUCGGUAGAGAUUGCGUACAAGAAUGGAGAUGUCUUUUCUUUCUUGAAGAGAAAGCACACUAUUUUGGAAUCUGGGAUUUUAGUGGAAGCUUCGAGCAGCUACAUACGACACAUGGCCGAAGUACUUGAUGUCAAGCACGGAUCGAAGCAUAACACACCAUAUCUUCCAGAGCUAAUUCGCGAAGAUGUAUCUGGUCCUCUUGACCCUGUUCGAGCAGGGAAGUUCAGGAGUGCACUGGGUAUUGCAUUGUAUUUGUCAAGUGAUCGCAUUGACAUCUGCUACUCUGUCCCACUUUUGGCAGGAUUCAUGUCAAAUCCCACCGAACAGGCAUGGAAAGGAUUGAUCAGACUAGCGAAGUAUCUGCUUAACACUGCUGAGUAUGCCACGUUGCUUUCACCCAAGCUUCCUGGAUCCACAGUCUUCCGCGAGGCGAAUCACGAUGAUAUGCCCAACCGAAUUGAGAUCUACAGCGAUUCUGAUUGGAGUGGACAUCGGGUCACAUCGCACUGUGAGUCUUUCAUCAGCAGAGCGAUAAGCGUUGGGAACAAGACUCGCCAUGUAGCUGGUCGUCUCUUGUGGUUGCAGCAAUCAGUGCGUGAGAAGAUCAUCGAUGUUGGAGCAAUUGCAAGCAUUUUCAAUCUUGGCGAUUUAUCUACAAAGAUGCACAGUGCCAAUCGUUUGCGAGCCUUACUGUUCUUGCAUGGUUUCGUUGAUGCUUUCACAGGAAAGGCUAUUGGCGAGGAAGAGUUUGCACAAAUGGCUCUGCAAGAUCAAGCAAAGAUGCAGGUGAAGAGAGUUCGUACUGAAUAUGCUCGGCAGCAUGGAGUGACCGGUUCCUUGAAGGGCGAAGCAAGCAGGCUGACGAAACAGGUAGCACUUCUUACUCUUCUUUGUUUGCCUACAACUGGAGAUGCAGCAGAGGCGGCGAAUCCGUACCGGCGUCAUGGCAUGGCGAACGUGACUUGGGCUACCGUCCUGUUGUGCUGUGGUUUGUGCAUUUACCGGGCCUUGAGCUGGGCUAGAGACUUCCAUGGUUUCGACAUGAACAGUCUUCUGGAAAUGAGCUCGCAAGACUUUGCGACCAAGAUGAUCAUGAGUUUCAUCUUCCUGUGUGGACUGAUGCCGGAGUGUACCAUGGAGCAGUACAUGUGUUUCUUUCUUCUUGGGGUGGUGUGGACCAUGCAUCGCUACAUUCUUCAGCUGGAGCACAAAUUGCAACCGACGAGUACUGAGCCAACUGAUGGUGAGCUGAUGCGAGUCCGUUCUGAUGCCAAUGUGAGAAUCGUGGUAGAAGUGUGCAAGGCAUGUCCAGCGAUCGUUAUCGUUGACGGUGGCCGUAUGAUCGUGCAUGUCGCCGACAUGAUGGUUGUCGUGUUCAUCCCUUUUAUGGAAGAGAGGUUCGAUUGCACAUGGGAGCUGGCCACCAACUCGGGAGAUACAGUUUCUUUUCUGAAACGAAAACACACGGUCACAGAUUCCGGUGUGAUAAUUCAUGGGCAGCCCGAGUUGUUUGACAAGAUGUGUGAUGUGCUUGGUGUUUCGGCAAAGCGAACUUCAAAGUCACCGUGCACUAGGGAGCUGGUAAAGGACAUCGAUUCACCUCAGCUAGACCCAGAACGAGCAAGCAAGUUUAGGACAGCCAUUGGCAUUGCGAUGUAUGCGUCAACAGACAGGUCAGACGCGUGUUUUGCUAUCAGGACACUUGCCCAAAGAUUGUCACAUCCCACAGAGUUUGACUGGACGGCGGCACAGAAGUUGGCAUCUUACCUUAGGUGCACAAAGAGCUUCGCUACACAUGUAGAGCCUGGGUUCCUCGAUGAUGGAUUGGCGAGAUCAACCUUCACUUUCUUCGGCCAGCGACACAGUCUUGAAGUGUACAGUGACAGCGACUGGUGUGGCAACCGCAAGAAUAGGCGAUCGAUGAGUGGAGGUGUGUUCUACUUAGACCAGGCAGUCAUUUAUACCACAUGCAGAUCGCAGAAGUGCAUCUCGUUAUCUAGUUGUGAAGCCGAGUGGUAUGCAGCUACAACUGCAGCAUGCGACAUGCUGUACAUUGGCCAGUGUUUGCAAACUUUGCUUGGAGAGCCAGUGGACAUGACUGUUCGACUAGACAACAGUGCAGCGAGAUCCUUAGCGUUUAGAACUGGAGCUAGUGGGAAAACACGUCAUAUGGAUGCUAGAUAUCUCUGGUGCCAGGAGAAGGUCAAGGCUGGGGCAUUGACUUUCAGGAGCGUUCCGGGAGAAAUGAACCCAGGCGACAUCAGUACAAAGGUGCUGUCAGAAAAUAGAUGUCGAGCUCUUCUCGGUGCUCAAAAGACAGUGGAUGUGGACACGAUGGAGCAUGUUGGCGAGCGAGAGUGGAGAGACGUGAGAGAGACGACUGAGAUGCAUCGGCAGGUUCGUUCAGUGCAGAGGUCAUUUGCAAAAGUCAGAACGAAUGAUCGCUUCGUCAGGAUGAUGGUCUUGGCGAUGAUGGUCAGUGGUGCGACGGCCGACACUACUGGAUAUGAGUUUUCGCCAAAGUGCGGUGGUAUGAACAUUGCAUGCAGUGGCAUUGUUACAGUGAUUGCAUGUGUCGCUGUGUUGAGCCUUGGGUCGAGUGUGAUGGCACGGCUGAUUUCAAGCAGCAGUGGAGCCACCAAUUGGCUUAUGGCAACAGUGGUCAUGUGGAAUUCCAUGCCAGUGUGUGCGAUGGAUAGUUCAAGCAAUGGAAAUUCGAAUGGGUCAAAACAUCCUGGAGACAAACCAACAGCUACCUACGAGUCCGUGGGUCUUUUCUUGCAGACGAUUUACACGCUCAUUGUGGAGGCUUUUCCUCGUGCGAGCAGUGUGUUGUUGAACAUCAUUUUGCUGUUCACACUUUGCCUGAUGACAUGUGCUCGAGGGCGAUCGUCAGCUAGCACAGUGACGGUGGGCCUCGGUACAUACCCCAGUCCAGAAGGUUCGUCGAGUUCUGCUUCGUCAAGCUCGGCACGUGUUGAGACGACCAAGGAUAGCUUCAAUUCGCCAACGAAGUGCUCUGGGACUGAUGUCCACGUCGCACUCAUCUACAAACUCCAACGAGAGGGUUUUUGGGCCCCAAAACAGGGGUCUGUCAUGUUACCAUUGAACAUGUGGAAUAAGAUGUGCAUAGACCUUAAGGGUUCGCUCGCAACUGUACUGAUGUUGCAGAAGAUGUGCCAUCACAGCGUUAUGGCAAAUCUUGGCGGGGUGAGCAACAUUAACACACGUUACAAGCCCUUGUACAGCAGCCAAUAG